CGCCCGUCUCCUGCCCGCCGAGCCCGGGGCCCAUGGCCGCAGCGAGCGCGCUGACGGAUCCGUCGCGGGGCAUGAUGGCUUUCGAGGAUGUGGCUGUAUACUUCUCCCAGGAGGAAUGGGCACUCCUAGAUCAGGGCCAGAGGGCCCUGUAUCGCCAAGUGAUGCUGGAGAACUUCGCGCUUGUGGCCUCACUGGGAUUUUUUUCCUCCCCACCUCGUGUGGUCAUCCAGCUGGAGCGCGGCGAGGAGCCCUGGGUUCCCAGUGGGAAGGACUCCAUCCUGGGCAGGAACGCCCACAGGAGGCUGGGCCUUGGUUCUCCUUGUAUGGAAGCAUACAAAGCAAACAAACGUCUUUACGGGCGUACAGGCAUCUCCAGGGAAGCCACAGCACCGACGGCCGCCCCAGGGACCUCCCCUAGCGUUCUUGCUGGUAUCUCACCAGGCACUGCACCAUCCCAAGAGAGGAGGCCCACGGGAGUAUCAGUAAUCUACUGGGAGAGGCUCCUGCUGGGUUCAGGGCUGCGGCUGACCUCCCCACGGAGGGGCAUCGGACCCGGGGACAAGGACCCGGAGGACCGGUCAUCAGCUCCUAAAGUGUCCCCGGUCUCCGGGGACCCUAGCAUGGCCUGGGGAUUGGGGUUCGGAGAGGAGCUGGGAGAGCCAGGCCCUCUUCCAGGGGAGAAGCCCUUCGAGUGCAGGGCCUGCAGCAAGGUGUUUGUGAAGAGCUCUGACCUGCUGAAGCACCUGCGCACGCACACGGGCGAGCGGCCCUACGCGUGCGUGCAGUGCGGCAAGGCCUUCAGCCAAACCUCACACCUGACACAGCACCUGCGCAUACACAGCGGCGAGACGCCCUACGCCUGCCUGGCCUGUGGCAAGGCUUUCCGACACAGCUCCUCGCUCGUGCGCCAUCAGCGCAUCCACACAGCUGAGAAGGCUUUCCGCUGCAGCGACUGUGGCAAGGCCUUCAGCCACGGCUCAAACCUCAGCCAGCACCGCAAGAUCCACGCGGGAGGCCGGCCCUAUGCAUGCGCACGCUGCGGACGCCGCUUCUGCCGCAACUCGCACCUGAUCCAGCAUGAGCGCACACACACAGGCGAGAAGCCCUUCGCCUGUGUGCUCUGCGGCGCUGCCUUCAGCCAGGGCUCCUCGCUGUUCAAGCACCAGCGCGUGCAUACAGGAGAGAAGCCUUUUGCUUGCGCGCAGUGCGGUCGUGCCUUUAGCCACAGCUCCAACCUCACGCAACACCGGCUACUGCACACAGGUGAGCGGCCCUUCCGCUGUGCAGACUGUGGCAAGGCCUUUGCCAAGGGCGCUGUGCUGCUCAGCCACCGGCGCAUCCACACGGGGGAGAAGCCCUUCGCCUGCGCACAGUGCGGCCGUGCCUUCCGUGAGCGCCCUGCGCUCUUCCACCACCAGCGGAUCCACACAGGCGAGAAGGUCCUGCAGAGGUCAAGGGCCCGGCCUCCCCCAGUGGAGAGGGCAGUAGAGAAGGAGAGCCGGGCCCCAGCCAGCUCGGGCCCCGCCCAGGCCUAAGUCCCUUUGCACUCCGAGACAGACUGGCCACAACCCAGGCUUCUAUCCUCAGAGAUGCUGCAGACUUCAGAGGCUCAUCCCGGUGCUGGUUGAACCUGGGCUGCAGACAGCCUGGAAAGGCCAGUGGAGGAAGCUGUGCACAUGGCCGCCUGUUGAGGGAUUUAUGGGAGGAAAGCCUGGACCUACUUGUGUGUGCAUGCGCUAGCAGCUUUCCCAGCCUCAGCCCUCCAGGGAUUCUCUGGGGCCUGCCCAGCUCUAGGAAGGCUCCAGAAUGGGAGUUAAAAGGUUGGUCUGAGCAGGUGGUUGGGCUCUGGGCCCCGGCUUCUUCCUCUGUGCAAAAGAAAAGAUUUGGAGGGGGCCUGCCCCUUAGCUCAGUUCUUUAAGUGGCU